AUGUCCAGCUGCUAUACCACCAACUCCCCACGAACUCCCGAAACGCUCGGACGAUCCGCGCCUCUGACGCUCCUACGAGACCACCAGAAUAAUCAGGUGUCUCGCCCGCGACUCUCCAUUACCACAUCUUGUGACCCUCCGAAACCUCCCGACUCAGCCUCGCCGCGUUGGCUGACGGCCAUAGACCAGCGCACAAGCGCCUGGGACGAACAUUCAUACAUUGUGUUGAUAGAGAAGAAUCGGGCCCUACCUUGGGCCCCUGGUAUGGCUCAUGAUAUUCAAAGUGGAGUGGACAGCCGCAGUCAGUUCGCUGCGUCGCACCCCGCAAAGGACCAGGCACCGAGCAUCUACGAGACAAAUGGGUAUCUCACGGAGGCAGAGCAGGCAACAACCACGGAGGAAAUCGGACCAAACCUUGGACGUGGCUUAUGCAGACCUGUGAAAAAAUAUUCCGGCGCGGAUCUACACAGGCUCUCCCAAGCCAUGGGAGGAGAUUAUGCAAGCACUCCGCCUAUUGAUGUGCCGCGGCCAAAAGACCGAGACGUGGGGCAGCGAUAUGACAACAGUCAUUUGAAGAGCGGAACACAUGAUGCUGAGCAUGGGGCAAUGUCGUUGGAAGACUAUAUGCGGAACAGGAGACCGUCUAUAUCAUUCAGUCCAGAGGUUGUACUGGAUUCUGGCCACCAUCGUGCCUUGGAAGAACCAAUACGCAGCUCGCUAUCAGCCGCGAAACCUAUCGAUAAGCUUGCAUUGAAAGAACAGGAGAGAUAUCCCACGCGACCUUUCUCGCUGUACAGAACCCAAAGCGAGGCCGACAUCACUGACUACGACUCUGAGACCGGCGAACCUUUAAGGCGACCAUCCCAAUUCGAUAUUGAAGCACAAGAAUCGUUGUCUUCUCCGCUUAAGGUCAACAGCAACCUCACGUUACCACUCCCACCCACCGCCGACUUCGAUCAGGCGGCUUCCUUGACUUCAGAUCUCACCGCAUCUCCAAUACUCGAAGAAGCACAGACGCCUCCAGACAACAUGGAGAUCCUUCAAUCGCCAAUAUCAAUCUUCCCGCCUUUCGCCUUGCCUACAUCUUACGAAGAUUCCAGCGCGUGGCCCAAACCCUACCGGCAGAUUUCUGGCUCGAAAGCCAGAGGGAUCUUUUUGGAAAGAACAAAUAGUAUGCGACAAGCGCGGAGACAGAGUACACGGCGAUCGACCUCCUCAUCUAUGUCCCCAGCAUCAACAUUUCUCUCAAGAUUUGCGCGGGAAGAAGAGUUACCAGAACCAGACAGCGAAGGACAAGAGGUCCGUGACUACGUUCUCGGCAAGCAAAUCGGCUUUGGCGGCUUCAGCGUUGUGAAAGAGGCAUUCACCAUCGAAGGUGACGAAAAAAUAGUGCGGGCAGCAAAGAUAGUACGGAAGCAACUCCCAGGAAAAGAGGAAGCGGAGAACGACCGCCUCCAAGCAGAGUUUGAUCAUGAGGUGCAGAUAUGGCGUUGUAUGGGUCACCGCAACAUCCUUCCUCUUCUCGAGGUCACUGACACCGACUUCGCGACCUUUUGCUUCACCAAAUUAAACACGGGGGGCUCACUGUACGACAAGAUCCGCGUCAACAGGCAAGGCCUAGAUCGAGACCUGGCGCGAAGGUACGCAUUCCAGCUAGCCUCAGCCGUCAGAUAUCUCCACGAAGACGUCAGGAUCGUCCAUCGAGAUAUCAAGCUCGAGAACUGCCUCAUCGACAUUUCGGAUCCUGAUGCUGCGCGUGACGGUGGCAAUCUCCUCCUCUGUGACUUCGGCCUGGCAGAAUUCGUCGCCAACGACAUGCGCAGUAAUUCCCCCGACCCCUUCAACCGGCGCCAGAGCACCCAUGCCCUCCCUUCGCAGCCAAGCAGUCCAUCAGACGCAGCCGUCUCGGUCGCUGGAAGCCUUCAGUAUGCCUCACCCGAGCUGAUCAUGAGCCCUGCGGGUCUGCUCAGCCCGUGCGUCGAUAUUUGGGCAUUUGGUGUAGCGGUCUUCGCCAUGCUGGUCGGUGAUCUGCCCUUCCAGCACACGUUUCAGCCGAGAGUGCAGAUGAUGAUCCUGGCGGGUGAAUGGGACUGUGAGGCGCUAGCGAAGGCACAAGGAGUGGCAGGCUACGAAGAAGAGACGGUGGAGUUCGUACAAUGCUGCUUGGACAUGAGCAGCGACAACAGGUGGACAAUUGGGGAGGUCCUCUCAAGCCGGUGGAUGAGAGGGAUGCAGGAGUUACUGGAGGAGAAGGAAGGGUUCUUCAAGCUUUGA